AUGGCACUCCAUCUAAGGCGGCUGUCUGUUGGCUUGAUGUUCCGAUAUCAGCGCAUCAUUCUCUCUAGCAGAACAUGCUCAGACAAGAUUUCUGAUGCUUACAAGCGGGUUGCCCAGAAAGGCGACAUGGAGAAAAAGGAUCAUACAUCAAAAGCUGGUUACGAGGAGGAAGUGAGGUCAGGAAGACUCCACAGCUCUACUAGUGGAGAACGUGUGGCACCUACUACACUGCAAAAAUAUUGGCUUGUAGCCACCCGACUGUAUCGCAAUUUAGAUGAUAUCCCAGAAUAUGUUGCAAGCAGCACUAUGAAUCGAAUGCGCAACAGGAUGCGAGGAAUCAUCUUUUUCACGAUUGUGCUUUCCUAUCUGUACGCACGGUUUUAUCUCCAGUCUCAUACUCAUGAGAAACUAAUUCGCGAUAGCGCGGAGAUUGCUUCAAGAAGAGACAGGACAGAUGAUACCCAUGUUUCAAGAAGAGACAGAACAGAUGAUGCCCGCAACAGAGUAGUCCAUGACAAUGCGGGUGCAUCAAUAACAGAUAAAAUAGAGGAUGCUUAUAACAAGGGCACUGUUAAUAGCUAUGGUAUACAACCCAUGUCAAGUCUGCCACUAAGUUACACCGCGGAAGUGCAUCGGGCUCGACAAAGUAAGAAUCAAGCGUUUGAGAAAGCGUCGAAAGAGCAUGCGGCUGGCAUAUCACUCAAGUUGGCUGGCUGUCUCCUUACUCAGCGAGGAAGCAAAACCUUACUCAGCGAGGAAGCAAAAAACUACGGAUUAUCACAGAAACCUUUCAAAAUGCCAGUGCUGGGUGAGAGUAUGCUACUGCGAUCAUUGACGAUGGAAGGGGUGCAAGAAAUUGUUGCGGAUGAAGGAGCAGAUAUAUAA